GGUGGACUCACCCGCGAAAUUCAUAAUCUCACCCAUUCCGACGGCUGGAUUUAUUUUCUUUUGGAAAAUUGGAAAUGCGAAUUUAAAAUUUUCAAAGGAUUUUUAUUUUUGAUAAGGAAGAAUAAUAUAUUCGGAAUCUGAAAUUCAGAUAGCUUGCAAUUUUGACUUUUCGAUUUUCGACAUCAGGAACAGCGGUUGUUGUCUGGUCGUGGGAUGUCGACACGUCUGAUUAGUUAAAUCUAUUUGAUUCCUUGAUUAUUGGACAGAACUUGACGUAGCUAUCUGAUGAGAUAAGGGAAAUGGCGUUAAAAAAAGUGCCGUUCUACACUUACAGCAAGAUCAUCACGUCCGAAUCUUCCUAUGGAAAAAGGAUGACGAGACUGAGAAACUCCAUUUUCGGUGAACCCCUCCGCCCAUCGCAGCACAUCCCAAAAAACUACAAAACGGUAAGGGUGCUAUCUCGAGAGCCGGUGAAUAGGAGAGAUGAGGUUGCCAAUUGGUACCCACGUCACAGGGAGACCCACUCCCUCAUGAUGGCCCUUCGCGAAUAUGGCCUUUUCAGAGAUGAGCACGAGGAUUUCAAAGAAGAGAUGAUCCGCCUACGCACUCUUCGUGGGAAACCCCCCUGGAAUCCAAAGGAGAAGAACAAGGACAAAAAGAAGUAGAGACUCCGCAUUUCGACAAGUACCUCUUGUUGUUGUACUUUUAGUCAUCAUGGUAUUGAACAAUUAGUUCAAUAUUUAAAUACGGAUAUGAUUAAUUAGAAUUAACUAUCAUUAUUGUGUAUGUGCAUUGUUAAAUAAAAGAAUAUGAACAUUGGAGAAUGAACAAAU